CGGGAACGUCCCUCGUCUUUUCCGCCGACGGUCCAUCAGAUUAUUAUAUACAAUUCACUUUCAUGUAGUGCCUCUAUUUGUAUCCUUAGAUGGUCAUUUUAAUGACUUCAUUUUGUGUCAUUUGAUUUCUCCUGUCGUCAUAAACCGCCACCGUGUUUUUUUUUUCUUUUGCUAACUCCACGUGAAUUGACGCCACUGCUUCCGCCAUAUGACGUCAUCAUAAACGAACAUUAUCCUACUAAUGCUCGUUUAUGAUGAUGUGGUGGAAACAGUUUGCGUAAAAUGACGCUCCUGUUUCCGCCACAUGACGUCAUCAUUCACGAACAUUAUCCUGACGAUGUUGAUUUAAAAAAAAACAGAUUUUUCUUUCCUCAUCCAUCAUUUGGAGGUUGACAGCUGUGUCGUUUCUGGUGUUGUGUUGAAGGAACUCAGGACGAAACAAAACAUUUUUUUCUGUUCUAUUGUGUUUUUCACUGAAUAGAAAUAGUUUUAAUUCAGAAUUAAUUAUAUUACUGUAUUUUACCUCUUUUUUUUUCUUCUCCAACUCCCCAUAUUUAACCCCUCCCUUCUCUCUUUAUCAUGCUCUUCAUCAUCCCUCGUCUCCAGUCUGAAACUUCAAAGGAGGCUAAUAAAGUAAUGAUGAAAAAUGAAGUUUAGCCUUAAAUCCUGGAGGGAUUUCUACAAAAAUGUAUUUGGUGGGAACUGCUCCCCCUAGGGGGCGCCACAGCACUUCAUCUGGCUCCUUCUAACCCUCACAUGUCUUCCUCUACAUCCGUGAACCUCCUCUGUGGUCUUCCUCUCCUGGUAUCUUCAGCUCUCAUCCAUGUCCUGAAGAACUUCAGACUUCUGCAAACCACAGCUCCUGUCUCUGGAUCUACAAAGACACAAAGAAGCUCCUUCUGUUCUUCUCCAGAAACAUCCUCAGAGCAGAUAUUUCACCUCUGGUUUCACAGUCGGUUCCAACUCCUCCCUAAGAGGCAAACGGGACUCUUCCUUUUUCAGCUUCCACCUUUUUGUCCUCUGCUCCGCCCUUCUCCUCUUCGUCUUUGUCACCACUAGAGUCAUCCUCCACCCCAUCACCCUCUGCCGUCCUGCUACUCUCUCUCUCCAGUCGCUGUAAUCAGCUGAGACACCGAGACAUUUCUAUUCUUUUAGCAAAGUCCACCACCAUCUGUCCUUCAUUCCUGUCCCGAACACCAAACUUCUGUUUUCUUCAACAUCACGUCUGUUCAAAUCUGCUCCAAUCACCUCUGUCUACCCUCUACAGAUACCAUGGAUCUCCCUCCAGAAUUUCUCCUUUCCUGCUCCAGCUCACAUCCUACCUGGGGGGGCACUGACAGCAUUCACCAUCACACCUUCAUCUUCCAGCUUCAUCUUCCUCUCUUCAGCUCCAGGAGAUUCUCACCAAACUCCUCCGUUCCUCUUUCCAUCAUCCACUCUGUGAUCAAACAUCUUCAAGCUGCUUCCAGUCCAGAUGAAAAGUCCACGUGACGUGUGGAUCUUUGGCCAGCAGAUGGCAGCAUUGUCUAAAUCUCUGCAGGAGUAAUUGAAGAAUCUGAAGUCAUUUUUACAAAGUGAUCACCUGGUUUCUGACUUAUGGGACAAUGAGCAAAGACGGAAUCAGAGAAGCAAGUGCUCUUCUCCAGAGAACCAUCUUUGGCCUCUUAUUUUCUCUGCUUUAGCCUCUGUGUGAGCUAGAACCUUAGAAAACGCUCUUAAAUGUUUCUGAAGGUUUUAAAACAUGAUGUGACCCUGAACACAAAAUAUAAACCCUCUGGACUUUAAUUUAGGCUCCUCUGGUGUUUGAGCUUUCAGACAAAUACACGUAAAUUACACUUUUAUUUAGGUCAGGAAGCAGCUCCCCUUAUUUUUCUGUCACCAUGAACCUGUUUGGUCUUUGACUUUUGUUGUUUUCAUUCUCACUGAAUCGCCUGCGGCUCACUUUGCAGCAAAAACGGAGUCUGACUGGUCCAGGUUCGGUUCUGAAAUCUGGAUCUCUGUGGACCGGUGCUUCGUCACGGAUGCUGAAUUCUCUGCUCCAUCCUCCUCUUCUUCAGCGUUUGUCGUCAUCCAUCGGUGGAACCAGCGGUGCAGACGGUUCAGAGCGCAACAUCGACCAACAUAUGACAUUCAUCCAGAGAAGAAGGACCGGAACAGAUGCUGAAGUCAACAGAAAACAAAUAUGCUGUGUUGCAGGCCUAUCGCUUAAAAAAUGAAGUAUGCUCACUAGUGGGGGACGUUCCCUCAGUAUCUUCAGAACCGAAUCAAGAUGAGUCGGAGAACGCAUCCUUGCAGGACGCCAAGCAGCCGUGGCUGCACCGGCCGUGCCUCCUGGUCCUCGGUGAUGGAGACGUGUCCAAGCCGGACCAGCACUGUGCUCAGAUGACCCCGCGGGGUCCGCCCAAGGCCACCUCCAAUGUUGGAAGCACAUGUAAAGCCUGUGAUGCACCUGGACAUCCCCCCACGCUGGCCACACCCUCCCAGUUAGAGGAGGGCAGCUGCACUGUGACCGCCGUCUCCCCGUGGAGCGAGUCCAGGAGCACCUUGGUGCUGAGCCCUGCAGAGGCCGCAUGGGCAGAGGAGGAGGAGCAGGAGACGAAGGAUGAGACGCCCCCAUGUGGCUCAUCCAAGGAAGACUCUGUGGUGGAGGAGAAGGAGGUGGAGGAAAGUGGGUUGGACGGCUUCAAUUCACCCUCCACCCUUUCAAAGGGGGAGGCCUGCAGGGUGGGGGCCAGGGACUUCCAGAGCCAAAGUGAGAUGACCACAUCUGAGAGAGAAGAUGGGACGAACGGGAACAAACUCCAGGUAGCCAACAGGGGGGAGGCCCCAGAGGUGUGUUCGGCUCCUGGUGUAGGUCCUGACAAUGAAUCCCAAAUGAGCCCAACGGGAAUGCUGGCCAAAGAUCAAGGCACCGUCCUUGGGGAGGUGGCUCCAUUCUGGGUUCCCGACUCUGAAGCCCAGGUCUGCAUGAAGUGUGGCACCAAGUUCACCUUCACCAAGAGGAGGCACCACUGCCGGGCCUGUGGGAAGGUGUUCUGCGCUCUUUGCUCCAGUCUGAAGUUCAGACUUACUCAUCUGGAUGGAAAAGAGGGUCGCGUCUGCGAUUCCUGUCAUUCAACCCUCAUCAAAAGGACGCCUGCGAAGAGCCAAAGAAAGGUGUGGUUUGCAGAUGAAACCCUGGCAAGCCAACAGUCCGAAUCUGCUCCUUCUUCACCCGCACGGGGGCCCGCCCUCUCGCCGCUGAGACGCACGCUGGGGGAUCCUGUGAAAAGUCCAGAGGCCUGUGGUCCUUACGGCUGGGGCACCACAGCUCUGGUGAGCAGCUCUGCCAACCUCAUUCCACUGGAGGGCCUGCCACCCAUCCUCACCUCCACAGGAGUCAAAGGAGACUACACCGUGGAGGAGCGUCCCUCUGAAGCGCUGCUCUUCCAGGAGCUGGAGAGCGGCCGGCCCAAACCUCUGGUGUUUGUUCUCAACGCCAACCUGCUCGCCAUGGUGAAACUAGUCAACUACGUGAACAGGAAGUGCUGGUGUUUGACCACGAAGGGAAUGCACGCCAUGGGCCAGGUUGAAGUGGUGGUGCUGCUGCAGUGCCUGCCGGAGGAGAAAAGUUUCCCCAAAGACAUCUUCAGUCACUUCCUGCAGCUGUACAGAAACACCCUCACAGGGAAGGUUGUAAAGCACCUGUCUCUCUUCCUGUUUGGGAGUCAGUUUCUGGGGAGCAGAGACCACGCCGGCUUUCUGUACGUCCGCUCAACUCUGCAGUCUCUUCAAGGUCUUCCUCUGCCAAACCAGCCCUACCUCUUUGGCCUGUUGAUCCACCGGGCUGAAGUGGCCUGGGCCAAGGCCUUUCCUCUACGCCUCAUGCUGCGGCUGGGGGCCGAGUACAGAUUCUACCCCUGCCCUCUGUACAACGUGCGCUUCAGGAAACCCCUGUUUGGGGAAAUAGGCCACACCAUAAUGAGGCUGUUAGUGGACUUUAGAAAUUACAGAUACACCCUUCCGACAGUGUCAGGGCUCACUGUGGAUCUUGAGGCUCAGAGGACCUGCAUAAAGAUACCAACAAAUGGCUACAACGAGCUGCUGAAGGCCAUCAGUAAGUCCAACGAACACGUGCUGGCCUUAGGAGCGUGCUUCAACGAGACCGCCGACUCUCACCUCAUCUGUGUGCAAACAGAGGACCGCCAGUACCAAACGCAGGCCAUCAGCAUCCACAACCAGCCGCGCAAAGUCACUGGAUCCUGCUUUUUCAUACUGAGCAGUGCCCUGAAGGCUUCUGCAGGAUACCUGGCCAAGUCCAGCAUCGUUGAAGACGGCCUCAUGGUGCAGGUCACCGUGGAAACCAUGGGGGAGAUCCGCCGGUCGCUCCGGGAGAUGAAGGACUACAGCAUCACAUGCGGGCGACUGGACCAAUCAGAGAGCCAGGAGCUUGUUUGUUUACAAUGGGUGGAGGAGAAGUGCACUGUGAACAAAGGCGUCAUCAGCCCCAUCGAUGGAAAGUCCAUGGAGUCCAUCAGCAGCACCAAGAUGUUCCAAAAAUCUGAAUACAAAGAAAACGGGAAGAUCAUUCGCUGGACAGAAGUCUUCUUCCUCCAACGGAGCCAAAAUCCCAGAAGAGGAGCCAGCGACUCGGCUGAGCACAGCCGGCUGACGGAGCGGAUCGCCAGGGCGUUCUGUCUGGCGCUGUGUCCUCAUCUGAAGCUUCUGAAAGAAGACGGCAUGGCCAAACUUGGUCUGCGGGUCACUCUGGACUGUCAAGAGGUUGGAUUUGUGGCUGGGAGUAACGGGCAGCUCCUCCCAGCUCAGUACUUCAGCGCCCUCGAUAGCGUUCUGACUCCCGUGAUUCACAGCAAAGGCCGAACGAGGGACGAUGAGCCCACGGUGAUGGAGCUCAUCUUUUACAUCCUGGAGAACAUCUCCUAGAACCACCAUUUCCUUCCACCGACGAAUCCCGUCAGCUCAGAAUAAAGCAAAAGCAUUUCAAAAUAAAAUCUGAUUCACAUCCACGGUCCAGAGAGGAGUGGCCGUGACUUGUUCUGGUUUCACUCCACCUGAUCCGAACCCGCGAUGGACCACCACAUAAGGGUGCUGCAUCUUCAUGGCUUGCUCUCCAUGCCCCCAAUGUGCUUGGCACAAGAAGAAAACCUUUAAAGUGUGUUGUGGUUUCAGCUCAGAGGACUUGCAAAGAUGCAGAGAAUGAGGAAUGUAGAUCUGUAGAAACCUGAAUGAAUGCUUGGAGAAUGCUUUUCACACUGAAUGCAUUUUAAUGGACUGCUCAAAAAGUGUAAUGUCAGCUUGGAAUUAAACUAACUAACAACGA